GCGGGGCCGGUGUGCGUGUGUGCGCGCCGUGGUGACGGCGCACGCGGCUGGGCGGGCAGCGAGGGAUCCCCGGCGCCGGGAAGGAGGGGCUCGGUCCGGAUGGAGCCGGGGUGACGCUGCGCUCCCCUCGCGCUGGCGGGCUGAGCCGCCCGGACUGACUGCUGACAUUUUGUCCACUCGGGUAGUGCGAAGGAUCGACAAGACCAUGCUGGCGGGUCUGAAAGUCAAGAAGCAGGAGCUGGCCAACAGCUCAGAUGUAACCCUCCCAGACCAGCCGCUGUCCCCUCCUCUCACUGCGCCCCCCACCAUGAAGUCUGCGGAGUUCUUCGAGAUGCUGGAGAAAAUGCAGGGGAUCAAGCUUGAAGAGCAGAGGCCAGGACCCCAGAAGAACAAGGAUGACUAUAUUCCGUACCCGAGCAUUGAUGAGGUUGUGGAGAAGGGGGGCCCAUACCCUCUGAUCAUCCUUCCCCAGUUUGGUGGCUACUGGAUUGAGGACCCAGAGAACGUGGGCACACCGACCUCACUGGGCAGCAGCAUCUGUGAGGAGGAGGAAGAGGACGGGCUCAGCCCCAACACAUUUGGCUACAAGCUUGAGUGCAAGGGUGAGGCCAGAGCCUACCGCAGACACUUCCUGGGGAAGGAUCAUCUAAAUUUUUACUGUACUGGCAGCAGCCUGGGAAACUUGAUCCUGUCCAUCAAGUGCGAGGAAGUGGAGGGGAUUGAGUACCUGCGGAUCAUUCUCAGGUCCAAACUGAAAACAGUGCAUGAGCGGAUCCCCUUGGCUGGACUGAGCAAGCUGCCCAGCGUCCCUCAGAUCGCCAAGGCCUUCUGUGAUGAUGCUGUGGGGCUGAAAUUCAACCCUGUACUCUACCCUAAGGCCUCCCAAAUGAUUGUGUCCUAUGAUGAGCAUGACGUCAACAACACAUUCAAAUUUGGGGUCAUCUAUCAGAAAGCCAGGCAGACCCUAGAGGAGGAGCUGUUUUGGAACAAUGAGGAGAGCCCAGCUUUCAAGGAGUUCUUGGACCUGUUGGGGGACACGAUCACACUGCAGGACUUUAAAGGUUUCCGAGGAGGCCUUGAUGUGACCCAUGGACAGACAGGGGUGGAGUCAGUGUACACGACAUUUCGGGACCGGGAGAUCAUGUUUCACGUCUCCACAAAGCUGCCCUUCACUGAGGGUGAUGCCCAGCAGCUACAGCGAAAGAGACACAUCGGGAAUGACAUUGUGGCCAUCAUCUUCCAAGAAGAAAACACCCCAUUUGUCCCAGAUAUGAUCGCCUCCAAUUUCUUACAUGCCUACAUAGUUGUGCAGGUUGAGAGCCCAGGCACAGAGAUUCCAUCCUACAAGGUCUCUGUCACUGCGAGAGAAGAUGUGCCUGCCUUUGGUCCCCCGCUGCCCAACCCCCCUGUUUUCCAGAAGGGCCCGGAGUUCAGGGAGUUUCUGCUCACCAAGCUCACCAACGCUGAGAAUGCUUGCUGCAAGUCAGACAAGUUUGCCAAGCUGGAGGACCGUACCAGGGCCGCCCUCCUGGACAAUCUCCAUGAUGAGCUGCACAUGCACACGCAGGCCAUGCUAGGGCUGGGCCCUGAGGAGGACAAGUUUGAGAAUGGGGGCCACGGGGGCUUCCUGGAAUCUUUUAAGAGGGCCAUCCGUGUGCGCAGCCACUCCAUGGAGACCAUGGUGGGAGGCCAGAGGAAGCUGCACGGUGGGGGCAUCCCUGGCAGCCUCAGCGGGGGCAUUGUUCACAACAGCAUGGAAGUCACCAAAACUACCUUCUCGCCUCCAGUGGCAGUGGCAACCGUGAAGAACCAGUCAAGAAGCCCCAUCAAGCGGCGGUCCGGGCUCUUCCCCCGCCUGCACACAGGCUCUGAAGGCCAGGGGGACAGCCGGACACGAUGUGACAGUGCAUCCAGUACCCCCAAAACCCCGGAUGGCGCACACUCUUCUCAGGAGAUAAAGUCUGAGACCUCAUCCAAUCCCAGCUCUCCAGAAAUCUGUCCCAACAAAGAAAAGCCCUUCAUAAAGUUGAAGGAGAAUGGCCGGGCCAACAUCUCCCGCUCCUCCUCCAGCACCAGCAGCUUCAGCAGCACUGCAGGGGAGGGUGAGGCCAUGGAGGACUGUGACAGUGGGAGCAGCCAGCCGUCCACAACCUCGCCUUUCAAGCAGGAUGUGUUUUUCUAUAGCCAGUCCUCGAGCAGUGAGAGCCCGGGCAUGGGGGCAGCCGCCACCCCCAUCAUCAUGAGCCGGAGCCCCACAGAUGCCAAAAGCAGAAAUUCCCCGAGAUCAAACCUGAAAUUCCGCUUUGACAAGCUCAGCCAUGCCAGUUCCAGUGGGGUAAGGACCACCAGGGUCAUUAAUGUGAAUGAAGAAUUCUUCUCCUGUCCAAGGGAAGCCCCGACUCUGUCUGGCAGAAGGCUCUUAUUCCAGCAGCUUGGGGGUGCCGUCCACUACUCUGAUCGUCACAGGCCCACCAGACCAGCUGUCUGUCCUGUGUCCUAACCUAGUGACAGUCCUGCUGGGUCCUUUGCCAACAUACCUUCAUCUCUGGACAAGACUUUUUCCCGGAGGCGAUUCUGCUCCUGACCCUCGUGGUGUCUGUGUGGAUCAUCUGCCCACUUGUUUUGUCUGCAGGAAAGACAGUUGGGGAUCAGGGGGCUGUAGGUACUGGGGCUCAGCCAGAGAUGGGGGAGCUUGUCUGCUUCAGAGGCAGAGAGUGGUGGGUGGGGAGGAAAGGUGACAGCAGAUAAUAAGGUGGCCCCAUCGGUCCUUGCUCACAUGCAGUGCCCUCCUGGGCAGGGUAGGAAGGAGGUUUACCACCACCCGUGUGUGGAGCCGAGGUGCAGGGGCUGCGUCCCCAGAACCAAAAUCUGUAGCGUCCUCCAGGCUGUCCUGAUAGAAACAGCUCCUUUGAUCCUGUUCCUCUGGAGCUCUGAAACAUCUUCCUGCUCUGUGCUGAGUACUUUAGACCCAUCUGUCGGCCCAGGCUGUGGGCUGCUCCAUUCCGCUGUCUGCGUACCCGGAGCCAGACUCUCACAGAUGGAGGCUCUAGACAGAGCUGGUGUGUCGGAGACCAUUGCUGCUCACUUCCCCAACUAACUGGAACUUUCCAUCCUGGUUAAUUUCAGGCAGGUUCUGGUUAUCCUAGCUGUGGAGAAGCCCCGGGAAGUCACUCCCCUUCAGGCAGAUAUUGUUUCCUGUGAAGGAGUGGGAAGUCAGGAGCAAGAAGGAAUUCAGGGAAAAUGAAUGAGCCAGUGCUGGGAGGGGUCACUGCUCAAUAACCUCAGGGCCCAGGGGCUCAGCCGGGCGCUGCGCGGAUCCGGGUCUCAGGUUUGUAGAGGUUCAGGGAAGACAUAAAUGGUAAACCACUCAUUUAUCGAAGAGGGAAAAGGAACGAAGGGGGAUGGCCUGGCAGGUUCUAGUCAGGCCAAUGUGUUGGGGUUGAACUUAGGCAUGUGGGGAGGGACAUGAUGUCCCCUAUCAAGUGUCUGCGCUUUGCUGGGAAGUGGGCAGGGCUGCCUUGGGGGCCACGACUCACUUCUGUGCCCUUUGACUGUCUGGGGCAUGAUCCUCUGGCCCUUCACUUCCCUCUCCAACUGCAGGCCUGUAGGCGGCUGUCACAUCAGUAGGACUCUUGCAAGCCGGGCACCAUCUGGCUGUGGUUCAGACCCUGCACGCCACCUGCACCCCUUACCAGUGCCACCUUCUCCGGGAUGAUGAGCCAGUUGCCUGUCCAAGUCUGCAGGGCGUUUCUGUUCCUGGCUUAGGGUGGGGUGUCUGCCAAGUAAAACACAGAGUCUUACCAGCAGAUCUCUGGAGGCUUUCCAGCCUCAAGUACAUAGGUAUCUUUGGGGCAGGGCUUCUGGGGUGCUGCAGGCCGGACUCCCUGCUUCCAUGAACAGAUGACAAGAUUCCCAGUCAAAUGCUUGUCUCUGUUCUGGGUCUGGACUAGCAAGCCAAAGCUUAGAAAUGGGACAUGUUUUUUUGGACUUAUAUUCUAACCAUUUCUCCAUUGCUUUUGCGAGUAGGGCAAACUUGAUAUUUUGUUUGCCUUUUUUUUUUUUUUUUCCUCUAUGGGACACUGUUGUGAUUGUUUGCCAUUCUUAUAUUGGAUCCUACUUUCAGCCCGGGGUGGGGGCACCCCUCCUGUCACUCCGUUUGAGAAAUGUGCUUACAUAGAGUACCAGUUUGGUCAGAUUUAUCUAGUUAGAAGGUCAACAUAAUAUCUGCUUAGCUUUUAUUAAAUGUCAGUGUAGUGGCACCCGUUGCUGGAUUCGGGCCUGCUGUUCUGGCAGUGUUCUGUCGGCUGGGUUUCUGAAGUAACUUAAAAGGUCAAGCUGUAUUUUCUUUGAAAAUUCUUACCGGGUUCUGGCUCACUAGUGGCUCUGAGAAGCCAGCGUGUAGAGAUGGUCGGUGCUUGUGCUGUUGCGUUAAAGGUCUGGUGUCCUCUGGGCCUUCCCAGUUGUUCUCAUGCUGUCUCAUGCUGGGGAGUGUCAUAUUUUCCUGUUGCCGCUGCUCUGGCCGCUCUCUGUGCGGCCCCCACCUCCUGGUAGCACCUCUAGGCCAGUGGGCAGGAUGGCAGAGUGUGUCCAGAGGAACCGGGAGGCACAAAUGUGCCCCACAGAGGCGCAGACCUGGGGUGUGGUCUGCACUCUUGGUUUGCUGUUGGGGUGCUCAAGACAGGACCUGAUAUGCCCCCUUUCUCUGGGUCAUGCCUCACCAUCUCUAGCAAAUCCAUCCUGUGGUUUCCGUGUGUGCACUGCCAGCCUGCCUGGGGUCCCCAUGCUGACAGGGAGGAGAAUGAGGGUGAGGUCCUUUGUCCCUUCAUUCUUCUGGGCUGUGGGCAGCAUCUCACAUUCCUAGAGGGCUUCAACCCCCAUACUCUGAUCCAAAAUAUCUUUCCUUUGAUUGCUGCACUUAGUCAUAGGGCUCAGGCCUGCAUAGAUGGUGCUCAUAAUUAUAUCUGGGGCAUUUCCAAUGUGACCUUCUCGAGAGGUUCAUGUCUCUGCCCCUGAGGCCACUUUCCAGGCACAAUGGGGCACCCAGAUGCCUCCAGCUCCAUCGAUGUUUAAAAGCAGAUUCAGAAAAGCUUGAGGUGCCAGGUCUUAGCCAGAGUUUCCGUCUUGGUAAUGAAUGUCAAGCAGUGUUUCCUGGAACAUAUUCAGUUUUGUGAGCAUCAUCCUGAUGCCCAGACCUUCUGGCUUAUUUUAGUGUCUCUCCUCUUGCCUGUUGUUGUCUAGAUAUAAAACCUUAGCUCCAGUGAGAAAAAAGAACUUGCUUGAGGUCACACAGCUAGCUAGUGGCACGACUUGGGCUGGAACCCAAGGCUUUUUCUUCUGCACCAGCUGCUUAGUUGGUAGAGCCAGUGACUUCAUUUCCUGGGCCCGAGUUCCUCCCUCAUUAGCAGGGGCCUCGUGGUCGUGGGACCUCAGGCUGUGCCGUUUUCCAGAGAGGGUGGGGGCUCUUUUAGAUUGGUCACCAAAGGUCCUGGAUUUGGGUUGCAACUUAAACAAAGAAAACAGGGAGGGAAGGGAUUUCUGACAAAUUACCCCUUAGUUCCUCAGGGGCAGAGGUCAGGGCAAAGGUGCGGUAGACGAUUGGCCUCCUUGUUCUAAAUUACAAUGGAAGGUGGUAAAAAGAAACUAUUCAUUUUACCCUGAUUCUCCUCCACUCCUUUCUGGUUCUGGGGAAGGAACUCAGGGCCUCAUGCAUGCUAGGCAAGGCCUCUACCACAGAGCUUUACCCCCAGCCUCUUCCUGAUUCUAAAAUGAAGGUGGAUAAUCAAAGUGGGAUGUAACCUUUUCACUUUCCUUAUCCUGACCCAUGAAGGUGCCAGCUCAAACACUACCUUUUCCAGUGUAUCUUAGUCAAUAGAGACUGGUCUGUUGCUGGGGAGUAGAAGGGGGCUCAAGUAGAUCUUAUGGCUCAAAGGGAUGGCAGGGACCAGGCCCGUCUGCCAUACUGAGGACCUCAUGGUUCCUACCCCAGUCUCCAGCUGCCCCCUUGUCAAAGGCAAGGAUUGGUCACUGAAGUUUGCUGUGCUGUUCUUGUAGUCUGGUGAGAGGCACUGAGGGGCAUUUUUCUUCCAAGCCUCUUUGCCAUUAGUCCCUUUCCAUCCAACCUCACAUCCCUCUCCUUUCAGAGGGCCAAGUGCUCCCUUGGGAAGAAGACAAGUCCCCGAGGGUGGAGGACAGCAGAGCCCUGUCUGGUGAGAGGCUGGCAGGUAGAGCUCUGUCCUUUGCCUUCCCAGCCCAGGGGAGAGGGUGCUUGGUUGACAGGCUGGAACCUCAUUGCCAUCCUUUUUGAUUUUGUGACAUUUCUGCUUAGACGGGUGAAACUCCUCUUCCUCCUCGUUAGCAUGUGUGCCAACUCUCCCUUGUCGUGGGUGUUACCUUCUAACACUCCAGCUGGGGGAGUGCUACUGUCUCUGUGUGAAGAGAUUCCUGUGUGAUAGAACCCAAGAAGUGUAGCUUGGAAGUGAUCCCUGUGACGAUGACUUUUCCUUCUUCCUCUUAGUGAGGAGGUGAAUCGUAGACCCUGACUGCCUAUGUAAUGUAAAUAGUGUAUAUUUAAUUUAUUGCUAUGGUAGCACACUGUAUUUGUUAAUGUAUAAAACAAAUUCUAAAAGGUUGACAAAUGUAUAUUUUGUUGCUUAAAUGUGUCUUUGCAGAAAUUGACAUUAAAUAACAUAUUUUGUGUCCA